GGCAAGAAUCGGUCUAAGAUUUGCGGGAUCAGACCGAGAUUCAAUCUUUUGGCCGCCCCGCCCAGUCGGCAGUCGCCGUCGCCCGUCAUGAGGCGGUUGGAGUUGGAUAGGUCGCGGUGGACCACUCCUUCCUUUUACGCCUUUGUGAUCCUCGUCAUAGCGUGCGGUAGCAUCCCUAAAGGCUACGAUGAGGGUGGAUACAGCGCUUCUGUGCGCCUCUACUCCUUCAAGGCCGACUUCAACCUCCUCGACUCGAACUGGACGAACAACGAGACCGGCUUAGCGAACCGCGUAGCGAAUAUAACUUCUUUCAAUGUCCUGGGUGCGGCACUUGGCGCUUUGGUUUCUUUAGACUUGAAUGACCGGCUGGGAAGACUCCGGUCAUGGCAAUUAGCCUGUGCGGUGUGGAUGUCAGGCACAUUCAUCCAGGUGUUUGCCUCAGGGAUGUAUGGACUGCUGCUGUUUGCUAGGAUAUGGGGUGGACUCGGUGCUGGCGCGUUAACCGUGGCGACGCCGUUAUACUUGUCAGAAAUUGGCUUUUUUAUUAAUUACGGCGCUAAUAUCCACAUGUCUCCAACACGAUCGCAAUACCGCCUAGUGCAAUCUAUACCAUUGAUCCCUGUCGGGGUCGCCUUCGGUGCCUCGACUAUGAUCCCAGAGACUCCCCGCUAUCUCGUCUCAAAAUCUCGUCUCGAAGAAGGGCGGAAUGUCCUCGCUCGCCUCCGCGGAUUGGAUGCUUUGUCCCCCAAAAUCGAAGAGGAGUUCAGCCUCAUAACUACCCAAGCGCGCUUCAGAGCUGACACUCUUUCAUCCAUCUCCAACUGGACAGCUUUUAAAGAAACGCAAUCAAAUCCCAACUAUCGUCAGCGCUUCUGGCUCUUGAUGGCCAUGCAGACGAUCUCCCAAUGGACGGGCGGCAAUGGCAUAACCUACUACGUUUCGACCAUCUUCGAGUCCGCUGGCGUCACAGGGAACGCUACAUCCCUCGUCUCCUCGGGUGCCUACGGAGUCGUCAAGCUCGUCUUCACCAUGGCCUUUACAUGGGGGUUGAUCGACUUUCUAGGCCGUCGUUAUUGUGUGCUCCUCGGCUUAACACUCCAACUAGCCGCGCAUGUCUAUCUAGCCUGCUACAUGGGCGUUCUCCGCCCAAGCGAUGAUACGGAGCUGGUAAACAAACCCGCUUCCAACACAGCCAUCGCAGCCGUUUUCAUCUACGCCAUCGGCUGGUCCAUUGGCCUCUGCACAGUUCCAUACCUCUACGGAACGGAAAUAUUCCCUACGCGCAUCCGGAAUGUCAGCUAUGCCGUAAGCAUGUCGCUUCACUGGUUCUUCCAGUUUGCUGUCGUGCGCGUGACGCCCAACAUGUUUGUCUCGUUGCAUGAUUGGGGCGCGUACAUGUUCUGGGCUAUCAUAUGUUUUGUGGGUUUAGUUGUCCUCGGCAUAUGGAUGCCUGAGACUAAGGGAGUGGAUAUUGAACUGAUGGGAGAGCUUUUUGAGGGGCCUUGGUAUCUCAGGUGGCGUGCUCGGGUUCGACCAAAGAAUGGGGAGCAAACUGGUCUAUAA